GUCCCUUGCUCGCUUCAAUCUCGUCGUGUCUUCAAACGAAGGCAGACCAUCGGUGGCGUCUGCUACAACGAACUUAAUAGUAAAUUACGUUACAAAUAAAAAUUGUUCUAAUUCGUUAAUAAUGACUCGUUAUCUGUGGUCAUAUGUGACAGUUUUGUGUUUGACGAAUUUGGCGCUAAAAUCUACUAACGGUCAAUCAGAGGCAGUGGUAGCGAAGCAUGCGUGUGUGAUAGGAGCGGGGUAUUCCGGUCUGGCGGCGGCUAGGUACCUGCAGGAGUAUGAAGUCAACUUCACCGUGUACGAGGCGUCGCGGCACAUUGGCGGCACGUGGCGGUUCGACCCCCACGUCGGCACCGAUGAAGAUGGCCUGCCGCUGUUUACCAGCAUGUAUAAGAAACUAAGAACGAACACUCCACGCCAGACGAUGGAAUACGCGGGAUUCCCUUUCCCUGAAGAUACACCUUCCUACCCUUCAGGCGGUUGCUUCUACAAGUACCUUCAGAGUUUUGUCAAACAUUUCGAUCUCAUGAAGUAUAUUCGUUUUCGAAGUCUAGUGACCAGAGUGAAAUGGGCGGACGACCACUGGGACCUGACAUAUACCAACAGCGAAGAUAAGAACAGUUACACUGAUGCUUGUGACUUCCUCAUCAUCGCCAGUGGACAGUACAGCAACCCAGUAAAGCCUACAUUCCAAGGACAGGAAAGUUUCAAAGGUAACAUAAUGCACAGUCACGACUACAAGGAUCCUGAGACGUUCCGAGGUCGUAAGGUGAUGGUUGUUGGCGCAGGCGCAUCCGGCCUCGACCUCGCUACGCAUUUAUCCAACGUCACCGCCAAGCUGGUCCACAGCCAUCAUCUCACUUACAACCAGCCCAAGUUCCCUGGCAACUAUGUCAAGAAGCCAGAUAUAAACCUCUUCACGACAGAUGGCGUUAUUUUCCAAGAUGGCUCCUUCGAGGAUAUCGAUGACGUCAUACUUUGCACUGGGUAUGAGUAUAACCAUUCGUUUGUGGACGAGAGCGCGGGGCUGACGGUGUCGGGCAAGUUCGUGCUGCCUCUGUACCAGCAAAUAGUCAACAUCAGGCAUCCCACUAUGACUUUCCUUGGUGUAGUAGGCAAGGUUAUCACGCGAGUAAUGGAUGCUCAGGCGCAGUACGCGGCGGCGCUCGCCGGCGGCCUAUUCGAGCUGCCGCCUCAGCAGAGCAUGCUGAGGAUUUGGUUGGAUCACGUGCGCUCUCUGCGCACCAAAAACUUGAAGAUUAUAGACGUCAACUGCGUUGGUGAUGAUAUGGACUAUUACUUCGCAAACCUGACAUGCGAGGCGGGUGUGGUUCGCGCGCCGCCCGUACUCAAAGCAAUGCGGGACUUCAACGCUGUCAAUCGACUGGAGGACCUCCUUAAUUACAGAGACUACGAUUAUCAGAUCUUAGACGAUUGCACAUACGAUAGAAAAUACAACCCAAGACCAGAAGACACUUGCAACAUUGAAUUAUAAGAAUUGUGUAACUAAAUUUAUCGGAUCUGAGAUAAUAAGGCGGAACUUAGUUUGGGUUUUGACUGCCGUGAGAUUUGUAUAGUUACAUAUUGCCAAUAUUCUUAUUUUAUAUUAAAAAAACACAGCAAAAAUAUGUCAAUAAAAUUGUCAUGGCAGUGGAAUUCCACGUUUAUAUCAUUGCACAUACCCGACUGACAAAGGGGAUAAUGUUUUUCGCGCGUAUGUCAGUUUUUUUUUGUGUAUGCCGGUUUGUUUUUAUGUAAAUUCUAUUG